AUCCCGCUCACAUGACGGUCGACUCGCAGAAGCAAAUCGAGAUGCAGCGGCUGCAAACGGAGCACUUGAAGCGGCAGCAAGAGCACAUCAUGCAGCACAACAUCCAGGAGUUGCAGGCUCAGAUGACAAAGAGCCAGCUGAGCAUGUCGGGGCCACAGUCGUUGAUGUUCCUGCCGUUUCUCGAGCAGCUCAGAGGGCUGCCCGUGCAGUCGCCCAUGCCUCCGCCGCCGGCCACGUCAACCGCCACCACCGGCAACAAACACAUCAACUCCAUUGCCAAUAUGAUCAGCAGCCAUCGGGAAGGUCCAAGCUGGGCGACCGCGCAUUUGGCGCAGAUGACCACGCAGAUGGAGAAGGAAUCGUCGUCGCCGGCGCCGAUCUCAUCCGCGGUAGCGCCGACGGCCCCGCCUCUUCAGGAUCUCGACGCCCCGCUGAACCUCACGAAACCGAAAUCGACGUCCUCGGGCGCCACAGCGUCCUCCUCGUCGCCCGGCAGUGACUCGCACUCGACCGGCGCCGGAAGUAGCGGCCAGCAGGAGCAGCCGUUGGCGGCGACCGCGCCCAAGCUCUUCCCCCCAGGACUGCCGAUACCGCGGAAUUAUCUACCGACGCUUCCUUACGCCGGCCUACCGCCGCAUCUCAGCACUCUGUCUUCGCCGAUGAGCAAGGUAAUGGCCAAAGACGAGGGCGGCGGACCCGGAGGAUCCGCCGUGGCGGCUGCUGCGGUCGCGGCCGUGGAGAAGCACUUCGCGAUGCACGGGCUGUACGGAUUGCCGUCGAACACAGCUGGGAUGCCACCGUCGGCCCAGACUCAAAGACCGAUGAAGCAUUCUGGCUCUCGGGAGGAGACGCCUCAGGAAGAGCAGGAUUUUCUCUCGACGCCUCACAUGUGGCGAGAUCCGGGAUAUAAAGUAGCGGAAGACAUAACGGAAAAAGCUAAAAUGGUGAGGCAGCAGAAAAGGGAGGGUGAGAACAAGCCACAUAUCAAGCGACCUAUGAACGCAUUCAUGGUGUGGGCCAAGGACGAACGUAGGAAGAUCUUGAAAGCCUGCCCAGACAUGCAUAACUCGAACAUAUCGAAAAUUCUCGGCGCCCGGUGGAAGUCGAUGUCGAACUCGGAGAAGCAGCCGUAUUACGAGGAACAGUCGCGGCUCUCGAAGCUGCACAUGGAGAAGCAUCCGGACUACAGGUAUCGGCCGCGGCCGAAACGCACGUGCAUCGUGGACGGGAAAAAGAUGCGCAUCUCCGAGUACAAGUCGUUAAUGCGACAGCGGCGGCAGGAGAUGCGGCAGCUGUGGUGCCGCGACGGCGGCACCGAGAUGAACUUCUUAUCACCGGUGAGCGCCGAUCUGACCGGCACGCAGCAUCACCCGGGCACGGGCGCCGGCCCGUCGGCGCGGCCGUCGGUCUCGCCGCCGGCGACGAUGCUGAACGGCGGCGGCGGCGCCGCCGGCCCGAGCUCGGACCAUCCCUCGUUCUAUUAUCCGCAGGACAGUCUCUCGCCCACGGACAUGAUGAACUUCUCGCCCGAGAAUUCCGGCUCGAUCGGCGGCUACGACGCGAGUCCACGGCACCACGACGAGGAUUGAACCACGGCUCCGGGUCAGCCACUUUGGCCACCCGGAGCGUCAUCGUCAUCAUCAUCAGCAGUGGCGGCGGCAGCGGCAGCCGCGGCGACUGCAGCGGCCGCGUCCACGUCGAGACUCGCUUACGAACUCUUCUGGUAAUCGGAAUCCUCUGUCUCGGUGUGACGACGACGUGUCUUAAGUCACACGCGGCACAGGCCGUGAACGCGCGAUCGCAGGAACACGUUCUUCUCUGCACGACGGAGCGAACUGGAAGAGGACACUACUUCUCGGGAAGAAGAGUCGGGCGUCUCAAAACCUCUCGCCGGAAGUUGUGAUAUAAUGUUCUAUCUCUGUGCCAUCGUACGCGAAACGCGAAGGACCUCUGUCCGCGAUGUAAAAGCGCGAGAGCGUCUCCGUUGCGACGUCGCUCGAUCGUCUAUCUUUCUUGCUCUUCGGUACAAGCUAUCGAAAAAAUACCGGUGUUUUCACAGUACGCAAUCUUUACAUCCGUUAGUUCGUUUGAUUUGUAUUGAAUACAUGUACACGGAUCUCGAUACGACGUUCCACAAAUACAAGUUUAUCUACGCUAUCAUAUUGACAAAGCACGUUUAGAUUUGUCGAAUAUUUUGACGACAUCGUUUGAUGUCGAAUUUGCAGUGCUCAAUUAACAAGAAAAUAUACCCAACUAUUUCGCCAUGAUUUUGAUGAGUUUUGGAUGUGUUGUGUAAUAUACAUAGAUCAAAAUAAUUUAACA